UCAUAUGGUGAGAUGGAUGACUGGGACAACAGUGAUGACUUCAUUCAGCGACUGGACUUUUCCAGCUGUGGUGAAGAGAGUGAAGACAGAAGUAUAAAUGAAGAAGACACCCCGAGCUCGAGCCCCUCCAGGAGCUGUGACUUCCUGAAGUGGCAAGGGAGCAGCCCUUUGCCAGCAACCCCUUCGAGAAAGCUUAGUGACAUCUUCCUGAGCAGGACAAAAGCCUGGAUGAGUCCUACCCUGGUGCGUUCCCCGGUUGUGUGCAAGAGGCCGGGUGAUGCUGAGACACCACUGCACAUCACCUGGAAAAAGCUGCAGCUCUGUGAUACCCCACACACUCCCAAGAGCCUGUUAUCGAAGACAGCUUUUCCUUCAUCUGGGACAAAGGUCCCACCCAAAGGCUUCCGACACCUGAGAUUCACUCCUGGUGCUGAUUUGGAUGACUCUACUCGGGCAUCUCUUGUCAACAUUAACCCUUUUACACCAGAGUCAUAUCGACAAAUGCUCUUUCUUCCUAAUGGCAAGCAGAAGACCAGAGGAGAGCUGAGGGAUCCUGAUCCAAGAAGUCAAACAAAAUGGGAGCUACCUACACCGAGAUAUCCUCUGAAAGAGAGCAACAUGGUUUCCCGUUACAAGAAGGAGUUCCUGGAACUAGAAAGAAUUGGUGUGGGGGAAUUUGGCUCUGUCUACAAGUGCAUCAAACGUCUUGAUGGAUGUGUUUAUGCCAUCAAGCGCUCCAAAAGGCCUCUGGCAGGAUCCGCUGAUGAGCCUGUGGCACUGCGCGAGGUUUAUGCUCACGCUGUCCUUGGACACCACCCCCAUGUUGUGCGCUACUACUCGGCGUGGGCAGAGGAUGAUCACAUGAUUAUCCAGAAUGAAUACUGCAAUGGUGGGAGCCUCCAAGACAUGCUGCUGGAAAAUGCAAAGCUUGGCCAGUAUUUCUCAGAAAUGGAGCUGAAAGAAAUACUGUUACAAGUCUCCAUGGGGCUAAAAUACAUCCACAACUCUGGCCUUGUGCACCUGGAUAUCAAACCUAGUAAUAUCUUCAUCUGUCACAAGCUGGCAGCUGUGAGCCCUCCUGGGCAGGAUGAGAGUGACAGUGAAGAUGAAUUCUCUUCUGGUGUGGUGUAUAAGAUUGGUGACCUUGGCCAUGUGACAUCAGUAACAAACCCCCAGGUGGAGGAAGGAGACAGACGUUUUUUGGCUAAUGAGAUUUUGCAAGAGCAAUACUGCUAUUUGCCGAAGGCAGACAUCUUUGCCCUGGCACUCACAGUAGCUCUAGCAGCCGGCACAGCACCGCUGCCUCACAAUGGGGCCAUGUGGCACCAUAUCCGUGAAGGCAAUAUCCCACCGAUCCCCCAGAAGCUUCCUCAACACUUCCUGGAACUCCUCAAGGUCAUGAUCCAUCCUGACCCAGCGGAAAGACCUUCUGCCAUGGCUCUUACUAAGCAUCCAGUUCUCUGUCCUUCACGUGGAAAAGCAGUGCAGCUCCAAAAGCAGCUAAAUGUGGAGAAAUGCAAGACUGCCAUGCUGGAAAGGGAACUUAAAGCAGCUCGCCUUGCCCAGACCCUCAUGAAGGACCAGCCCUUAGGAAGUGACAAGUUGGAACAGUCUGAAACCUCUGCUAAGCACAACAGCAAGCGCCUGGUGGGAGGGAAGAGCUGUCGCUCAUUUAGCUUUACUUUGGGUUACUGA